AUGGACGAGGAUGGGAAGAGGGUGUAUGAUCAUCCGGCUACUUAUGAAGAAAUGAGGGUACCCGGCGGGCCUGAGCUGGAGCCUUUUCCAGAGUUCGUCUCCAACACUGCUGCGAAAAAGCUCAAGGGCACUCCUCGAGCUGGUUCUUCUGCUAUGGGAGCUCUUGAAGCUCUUGGAGAUCAGCAGUACCACGCCGGCCCUUCUUCCCUCGGCGCGUAUACCCCGAACCCCGUGCACCCUCAGGCUGAUUCUUCUGCUAUGAAAGCUCUUGAAACUCUUGGAGAUCAGCAGUACCACGCAGGCCCUUCUUCUCUCGGCGCGUACCCCCCGAACCCCGUGCACCCUCAGGCUGGUUCUUCUGCUAUGGGAGCUCUUGAAGCUCUUGAAGCUCUUGAAGCUAUUGAAGCUCUUGAAGCUAUUGAAGCUCUUGGAGAUCAGCAGUACCACGCCGGCUCCUCUUCUCUCGGCGCGUACUAUCCCCCGAAUCCUGUAAACCCUCAUAACCAGCCCGGACAGCCUCAACAACCACUCGCUGGUCCAAGCUCGCACCACGGAACCAGCCUCCUCUACCCGUCAUCUAGCGUGCACCCUUACACUAUACCUGCUAUGCCUGCCCAGCCACCUGUUUUUGGCUACCAUUGCCCGGUCCCAACACAAGCUCGUCAACAGCUGCCACCGUCCAUGGCCGGCAGUCAUACUGUGCAACGAUCACAGUCUCAUGCGCAACUCAAUGCCAGUCUCUCACCUUUUGUUUCGGCGGCGGCGGCACAGCAUCAGAUGAUGGUGCCUUCCGUUUUCGAGGAGGGAUUCGGAGUCCCGCGCACGAGACGGUCGUCUCACCAAGAAGUGAGAGAGAAGAACAGGCGCUUCAGCCAAGAGUACCAGCAAGUGUCGCAAUUGCAGCAGCUAUACCCUGAUUUUGCAUCUGGUCAGCCAAGCGACAGCGGAUUACCAAGCCAUAUCCAACCUGGCUUUGGUAGCCGUCUCGUCGCUCACCAGGAUCUAUACGGUGUUGCCCAAGCUGGGAACAUUCACGGCCCCUUCAAUGUCAAUCAACAUAUCUACGGCGGCAGAUCCACCCAAGUCGGAAGCAGCAACGGCACAGUUCAUCUCAGCCAGGAUCAUCGUCUUUACGCGGAAGGCUCCGCCCAAGCUGGAACUGGACCUUCGUCUGGAAUGUACCAACCUGCGUCAGGAGCCGAAUACCAAGACAUCUCGCCGAAUACCAACCUCACAUCCAGUGUCGAUUCAAUUCCAUCACCGCCAAACCUCACUCCGGAAGAGAUGAGCAAUUUACUGCGUUGUAUCGACAUGAGUGCUGUGCACCUUCCCCAACAACAGCCCAUUGCCUACCCGGAGGGCUGCAUGGACCCUAGAGAUAUCUACCUCAACUACGCAGAUGGUGUACACGGUGCUCCUGGCUUUGGACCACCUCCGUUCGACCUUGAGUCACUCGUCGUUCCACAUGACGACGGUUGUCUCAAAGGAGCUGAGGAGGGGAGUUGUUUCGUUGCAGCUGACCCUGAUGCUGGACUUCCGUUGUGGCAAUGAUAAAAGAAGAGUAUCAGGAUCGUCACAUCAUUUUUCCAGCUUAUCAGUACCAUCAUCUUGUUCUUUGGUGUUGUUACCAACAUCACACUAUUGUUGCGUGUAGAGCAGAUCACUACGUAUGAUCGCACCAGUCCCAUGUUCAUGUAUGAC